GUGGGUGGCAUUAUCGGGCUGGCCCAGUUGAGUUUUGGCUUCGAAACCGUAAGGUCUGGCCAAAAUGUUUGGCCGCAGUUUAAUCAUCACAGAGGUCUGGCUCUUGGCCCUGGCUCCCGUCGCUCUGGCCUACUUCGAGGGCUGCGAUAAUACGUACAACCUGAGUCCGGGCACGACCUACGUGGAGUCCCCCUACUAUCCCGGCAGCUAUCCGGCGGGCACGUCCUGUCGCUACCGGUUCGUGGCACCCGUGGACUAUUCCGUGCAGGUGCAGUGCACCAUUAGCCUGCCCCAGAGCAGUGGCCAGUGCAGCACGGACAACUUCUGGCUGGACCCCGAGGGAGACCUGUUGAUGCGCGGGGCCGAGAACUUCUGCGGCAGCGGCACCUUCGCCCGGGAGUCGCUCUUCACCGAACUGGUCUUCGCCUACAUCUCGACGGGACAGCAGGGCGGCAGCUUCAAGUGCACCCUCACCACCAGCCGGCAGAACUGCAACUGCGGCUGGUCGGUCAACUCCCGCAUUGCCAAUGGCCAGCAGGCCGCGGACAACGAGUUUCCCAGCAUGGUGGCCCUCAAGGAUGUGACCAGCAAUCAGCCCUCCUUCUGCGGCGGCACCAUAGUGGCCCAUCGCUACAUCCUUACCGCCGCCCAUUGCACGCUGCAGAUCAAGCAGGCCACCAAUAUUGUGGCAAUCGCCGGAACCAACAAUCUACAGAACCCUUCUAAUUCGAGGUACUACCAGCAGUACGCCAUACAGCAGAUGAUCCGCCAUGAACAGUACGAGGACGAGCCCGAUGUGAAGAACGACAUUGCGGUUCUGAUAACGGCCCAGAACAUCCUCUGGUCCCGUGGCGUGGGUCCCAUCUGCCUGCCGCCGGUUGGCACCACACAGACGUUUUCGUAUCAAACUGUCGACGUGAUUGGCUGGGGCACGCUCUUCUUUGCCGGGCCCACAUCCGCCACCAUGCAGAAGAUCAACCUGAUGGUGGUGAACAACCAGGACUGCCAGACGGAGUACAACGACGUGGCCGAAAUCUAUCCCAGCCAAAUGUGCACCUAUGACUACUCGGGCAACGCCCGCGACUCCUGCCAGUACGACUCGGGGGGCCCCGUCAUCCUGCGCUCCUCCAAGCAGUUCCUCCUCGGCAUCAUCAGCUUCGGCAAGAGCUGUGCCGCCAACGCGUACCCCAUGGGGGUCAACACCCGGAUCACGUCCCACAUCAGCUGGAUACGCCAGAAGAUUGGCAACACCAAUUGUGUGGUCAGCCUUUAAGAAUAAAUGUGCCACUUGCCCCAAAAACCCCCCUUCAAGAUCAUGUAAAUAGUAGCCUUGACUUCAAUCUGUA